AUCAGAAGUAACACUUUUGUUUCGAAACGCUUGGCUGAUACACUUAGCUGGAAACUGCAAUAAAAAAGUAUUAACCGUACUUUGGAGUUAAUUAUUUUUGUCAAAAGCUGAAAAGUGGUAUAAAGAACAUAUAAUUUUGUGAGAUUGUUUAAUAGAAGUUCGUAUUUAAAUUGCUGUUUUUCACACAAAAGUUGAUGUGGUGGAGAGCUUAAUUUGUGCUUAUUAAAUAUUAAACAUAACUGUUGGUUCUUUGUAGAAAGUUUUUGUCAAAGAACAAAGGUUUUUUUUGUAAGUGGAAACGGAAGUUACACAAAUUUACUUUCAAAUAACGUACCGGUGCUCCUCGCUUUUACAUUUACCGAAAGAAAAGAAGUUUAAAAAGGUGACACACAUACACAUAAUGUCAGGCUACCGGCUAUUCUUCCUUCUUGCUGUAUCAACAACAAUUUUGUGUCAGUGUACAUACGCUGGUCCAGUGCGGUCAUUGGCCUUAGCAGCAGCUAGAGCGGCAAAAAUUCCACGAUCAAUUAGAACACCAUUUAGAAAUACGGAAAUGAUGACGGCACGAGGCUUCGGAAAACGAAGUCAAACAUCAAAGUUCAAAGAUGGUGACUGGAACUAUGGAAAGAGGGAAACAAAAUUUAUGGACGAAUUUGGUGUUGACGGCGACGCUUUAGACCAGAUAUUUAACGAACAGUCAGCUGAAAGUUUCCCAAUAGAAUGGAUUGCAAAUGAAAUGGCAUCAAAUCCAAUGCUGGCACAUACAAUAUUGCAUCGUUUUGUGGACUCAAACAGAGAUGGUUUAUUAUCCUCACAUGAGUUAUUAGGUGGAAUCGGACAAUCAUCGUCCGACAGCAAUGAUGUAUAUUAAAAAAAAAAGUUUAUUUUGUUUCUUUUAUGUCUGUUUUUUAAUUGUUUUGUUCUUUGCGUUAUGGUGAAAGCGUUUUUUUAUUUUGAUUAAUCAGAACUCAAUAAUUGUAUAAAAAAAGAAAAUAAAAGAAAACCUAUAAGUAUACCAGACUAAUAUAACAAAAAUAUAAAAAAAAAAGAAAAAUAGAAUUUCCCAUGUGUAUCAAUUCUCAAAUCUCAUGUGUAUACUAUAACUGAUAAUGUCUCUGUAUCGUUGAAUUCAAUAAAUAGUUAAAUUAAUAUAUGAAAAUUGUAUAAAAACAAAAGAUAUAAAUAAUGUUCUUGAUAAACAAUGACUUCUUCUUAACCGUUUAAAAAAAAGUCUUUUUGAGGAAUUUGUUUUUUCUUCCAUUUAUCCAUUGGACGAAUAUUCAAGGCUGGAGAAUAUUUGUUUGAAUGAAAUUUACCAAAAUAAAAGAAAGAAAGAAAUAAAACAAAUUACUUUGGGGUAUUUAAAUAUUGUAUUGUGUAAAUUAAAAAAAAAAGAAAUAUUUUUUGUUUUUAGUUAAUAAAAUAUAAGCAAAUUUAAA